ACUUUAGUUACAUAGUUUAAUGAAACAUUCCCUCCAAUGUCAUUGAGACUUUGAGAAUCGCUGGAAUAUGAAUUACUUUUUCAUUUUCUUCAUAGUUUUUGAAGUAAUUUUGGAGAACUAUCUAACCGCUUCUGAUUUUGGAUCUGAUAUUUUAAAUUACUAUAAAAGCGAAACAGUAAGCAAUUUUCACAAGCAAUGGGAGCUGCACAGAAAGUCAUACGAGAAUGCUUUAAAACUAGCAUUAAGGGAUAGUUUUGGAAAAAAAACAAUGAAUACUAUAGAAAGAAAAAUGGAGAAUGAGUGUAAAUUAUCAAAUGGAUUUUAUGUUUUCGAUAACAUGGUGCACGUGUUUCUCCAAGAAAUGCAUCUCACCGAGUUACCACACUUGAAGGAGCCGGAAAUAAGUUUUCCAUUAGCGUACAAUGCUCUUUCAGUCGAAGUGGAGCUAGGCAAGAUGAUAAUUGAGACGGAUUAUUAUAUGAUGAGGAAUACUUCGGAUGUACUAUCUGCUGGUGAACAAGAUCCAUACAAAAAUUCACCAUUUGUACUACAGCAAGUUCAGGAUGAAGGACAUUUGGCAAUCAUAGCUGAAGGUUGUUUUGUGAGUGGCUUCACUAUAGUUAGAUUGACUGGAUUUACAGUUACCUUAGGUCAUGAUACAUUUGGUCUAAGAAAUUGCAAAUUUAGUAUCGAGAUUUCUGGAGAAGGUUCCGGUUCUCCGCCUGUAAUAGCAUCUUAUUUUUCAAAAGCACAAGCAAGUAUUUUAGAAAAUAUUUUAAGCAAACCAAUACGAAAGGAACUUAUCGCAAAGUUACGAUCAGCGGCGUUUAGUUUUAUCAACACUUCUUUUUUCGAAGAUGAAUUGCCUAAAUAUCGACAUGAACAGGAAAAAAUCUUCAAACAAGCUUCUACUUACGUCAAUCAAUAUGUACAUGACACGAUUAAGGAGAGUAUUGUGAAUAACAAAGCAUCUUAUGAUUUUGAUCCGAUGAAAAUAUCUUGGACUGUUAAAGAACAAGGUAAUACAAGCGAGGAAUCUGUUAGUCUUGAAGACAUUGUAAUCGAUGGUUUUGAUACAGCAUAUUCUCCACAAAUUGGUGGUCCUUAUAAACUAAGAACAGUAGGCAUCGCAGACACUCUACGAUAUAAUACACUAAAGAUUCACGGAAAAAUAAUAUUUGAACGGAAUGAUUUAAAAAAUGAACAUGGAUUUUACAUGGAGCUACAAGACGUUACGUUAAACAUAAAUAUUGAUUUAGAGGACACUUCUCAGAGCACAUUUAACACAGACAGUUACUUUUAUUGGAGGAACACGGACUUCUCUAUCAUAAAUCUUGAAGAAACAAGCAAAAGAAUUGUAGCUGAAUCAAUUAUAAGUGGUUAUUUGAUAAAUAAAGUAUCAAAUUAUUUAAAUAACAAAAUACCGAAAUCAUCGAUUGGUGAAACUGGGAAAUCGGUGGAAGAAAAUGACGGAGAGCAUGAACAAGAUGGUGACCCAGAAAAUGAACAAGAUGGUGUUAAAAGUAUGGAAGCCAGUGACGUGAGUGCAGUAGAAGAAAAUGUUAAUAUCAAUAUUUCUAUAAAUGAAUCAGAAGGCAAAGUGGACGACGAAGCGACGUUGAAAGAUCAAAAUAUUGAUGAAGUUACUGAUAAGGACAGUGAAAAGAAUAAAAUGAAAAAGGAUAUUUCACUGGAUGUAGAAAGUGUUGAAGAAGCUAGAAGAGAUAUUCAAAUCAAACCUAAUCUUAGGAAAAAGAAAGGUUUUCUAUCACGCAAUAGCAAUGGUAAAAUCAAAAAACAUAAAGAUAAACACAAGAAAGAGAAACAUUUCCAGGAAAAUAUCAAAUAUGGUAAAAUAAAGAAACACAAACAUAAACAUCACACUGAAAAGAAAGACAAGAAAUAUAAGAAAAAGGGUAAAAAAUCUUCAAACACAAAACGACAAAAUACACAAAAAAUUUCUGGAUUACCAAUAUCUUACGAUAAUGAAGUAUGAUAAUCGAUAUUUUGGUUGGUUACAUUUCAUGUUUUGGGUCACUAUUCCUUACGUAGUAUAUUCUGCGUUUUGUUCUAAUAAAUAUAUUUUUAAACCAUGUAUUUCAACUUAAAAAAUAAGGUACCAUAUUGCUCCUUUAUCCAAUACACGUGCAAUUAUAUUUAUUUUUCAUUUCCAUUUUAAAAUGGUGAGUUACCUUUCUGUAGUAAAUGUGUUUUGUCACUUGAAACUGUUCACUUUGAGAGGCUCAACACUUCAAUUAACCUUUUUGCCAAGAGCUAAUUAAAGAGUAUGAACCGUUUCGUCUAUUGUUACGGUACGGACGGGAAAUAUUGCUACUCAUAUAUCUUGAGGCUAUUCACCUGUUUAGUUAGGAUAAGUGAAUUGCUUUGUGUUACUAGUAUUACUACCUUAAAUGUAACUAAGUUUGCAGCGUGUAUUACUAUUGAACACAAAAUUAAAAUUUAGUAAAAAAAAAACUAUAUUUAUUGUAGGAAAUUAAAAGUUAGCAAUUCAAAAAUAAAAUAAAAAAAACAGCUUUAUCGAAAACUCUCUUAAAACUGCUCUAGUUUGGUAAACCUUACAUUUCUAUUCUGUCUGUUCUCUUCUAAUUUCAAAUAAUUAUGAAGACAUAGAUUUUUUACCCAAUAUGUCACGUUUU